CAUGGUUGCAAGUUGGACCCUUUUGAAAAGGUAUGAAGAAUGAAACCCGGGGAUUUGGCAACAAAGGUCUUUUGUAUAGGUUUCCGAAAGAAAGUGGUAAAAGAAAAGCCUGGAUUAACUUUGUGAACAAACCAGGUUUUACACCAAAACUCUCAAGUGUCCUGUGUUCACAUCAUUUUGCUGAAGAAUUCUUUGAUCGAACAUCUCAGCUGAAGGUCAGACUAUUACCAAAUGCCCUUCCUACAAUUGAAGUUGAACGCUUAAAAUAUGAAAGGGAACCAGAGCAAUUUAAAAAAAAAAUUAACGAUGAUAUAGUGACUCUACCUGGACCUUCUGUGACACCUCCUCUCACACCCUCACCCACUCCAGUUAAACCUUCCUUAUCUUUGGAUAAAAUGCCAGAAGACACUCCUUGUAAAGAAAUCUUGAGGAGUAAAAUUAAGGAAUUACAUCAAAAGGAUAUUUUAAAAAGUCACAAAAUACGAAAUCUACAGAAGGAUGUAUGGCGACAGAAGAAACAAAUUAUUUUCUUAAAGUCUAUGACCGCUGAAUUAAGGAAAAAGAAUAAAAUGUUAGAAGAGCCUGGAAAUAUAGAACAUUUGGAUUCAAAUAAAGACAUUGUUCAAGGGCUGUUUCAAAAAACAAAAAAGCCCAACAUGAGUCCGCCGAUAGUUUUUAUAAGCAAGGCCUUUCUUAUUGUUCAACUCAAAAACAUUAAGAUUGUUGCGAAAGCUGCCUUAAAGUCCGUGGCGAUUGUCAGUUCGACAUACUUGAGGUCGUCCGUAGAAAACCCAGACACGAACUAUGUUUACUACCCACCCUUCCCAUUAGGAAAUGACGACCAAAUUAAGGAAAUUCAUCGCCACGUUAUGAUGCAAUCGGAGCCGCUGGAUUCCUGGUUACUUUACGACUUUGUUGUUUUACAUGAAGCAGAUACCUAUGAAGAAGCUAUUAAAAUGCUUCAAACUCUUGAUAUAGACACUUACUACGACAUUACCAAAACUGAGUUGGCGUUUGGAAUGUUGUUAGAUCCAUGUGAUGUGAAUUUGUUGCCGGAUGUACCAAUUGGUAAUGCUCAACGGAAACGGAAACUCGACUCGUCACCAAUAUCCGAGGAACCAGACUUGAGGCGAGGCAAAACGUCGCCUGCCUCAAAACCAAGCACUUCAUCUGCAGUUCUGCUUACAUUAGAAGACGCCAGCAAAAUCAUGACGAAUUUGGUGAAUCCCAAACUGGGCAGUUUCGAGAACGAACUCAAAAACCAAGCUCGAAAACUGGACAAACUCGAAGAGAGUAUCAAAUAUGUAACAAGUUUAUUGGAGAGUCGUGUCAACACAACGAGCAAUGGUCCUACGCUCUUAACACCGCCACCUAUCAAUGAGGCGAUACCGUUCGUGACACUAACGGAAUUCGAGCGGUUCGACAGCAAGUUAAGAGAGGACUCGCAGUUGCAGACGGUGAUAGGUGCAAUCAUGGAAGCACAACUUGGGAAAUUCGAAAAUCCGAGCCUGACAACUUUAGCGGGGGCCAUCAUAAGAAAGUUUAUUCACAAAACGGUGGCGAAGUUGUACACUGCGACCCAUCCGCGAGGGAACAAAAAUGUAUUCACGAAAACAAUUUUUUUUCGCCUGUUACAUGGGGUACUGCUGAAGGUGCCAAAAUUCGCAAACUUAACAGACCCCAGGGGGGAACAUCUAAUUAAGCAAGCCGUUGGACGAGCUUUAACAACCAGCCCGUCGUGGAAACAGCCGGAAGUCAGCUCCAUCUCCGAAACCAAUUUAAAAAAUGGCGGAGACGAGGUCUCGUCUGUAGACAUUAAACUGGAAGAUUUAAAUGAGGAGGACGAGCAGCUCCUUCUAGGACUAUAAACCUUACAGGGUAUUUAGGAUUAUUUUUUAUUUUAUUUUAUUUUAAUAAAUCUUGCCCUACAAUUUAAAGACUGUGGAUUCCAUAAUUAUUAACAAUAAUAAUAUGAGUAGUCCUAUAUAUUGCAAAUGAUGCUAUUUUUGUUUUAAUUUUAUUUUUUUAUUGCCAUAAUAAAUGUUGCCAUACAAUAUGAAGGCUGUGAAUUCCCUAAUUAUUAAUAAUAAUAAUAUAUUAUUUUACUAUA